UCCGGAAAUCUGAUCCCCCUCUAAUCUGCUCAGCCAACCGGUCAGACCACCACUGUAGGCAUUUCCCCACCAGCAGGCCAGAGUGAACACUGGAGCCAUGCAGGGGGCCUGGAUGGUGCUGUUCGCACUGGUGUUAGGCACCUUCGGGGAGCUUGCUAUGGCCAUACAGUGCUAUACCUGUCAGGAUCCUGUGACCGUGUCCAACUGUGUAACCACCACCACCUGCCACAUCAAUGAAACCAUGUGCAAGACCACGCUCUACUCCCGGGAGAUUGUGUUUCCCUUCCUGGGGGACUCCACGGUGACCAAGUCCUGCGCCAGCAAGUGUGAGCCUUCAGAUGUGGAUGGCAUUGGGCUAACCCGGCCAGUGUCCUGCUGCAACUCUGACCUAUGCAACGUGGACGGGGCAACCAGCCUGAGUAGUCUUGGUGGCCUGGUUCUUGCCCUGGCACUUACCUUUCUCUUGGAUCUUCUGCUGUAAAGCCAUGGCCGUCUUGCUCUGUCCCCUUGCCCCUGACAGCCCAGUUCCCUGAUGCCUUGAAGAAAUACCAUAGCCACCUGCAUCGGCCUCUUGAGUCUCCUU